AUGGCUAAAGAAGUUAAAGUGAGGGACAUUUUUUGUGAAGAGCCAUCUAGCUUUUACUCAACUUUUUCGGUGAGAAAUGAGUACUCUGCAAGGUCCAGUUGUUUGCCCUUCUGUUCGUGGGAAGCAAGGGUUCAAGUGCGCCAUCGACCUGGUUCAAAGACUGUGACAUGUAGCUUCAGUUCUUCUUCGAAUGGAAAUGGUAGCAUGGCUGAGAGUUUCAAUGAAAACGAUUCUGAUUAUGUCAACUCCAGUGUGGUUGAAGCUGUUGAGGUCAAAAGUGGCCCUGAUGGAUUUGUGAUUAAAAUGAGAGAUGGGAAGCAUUUAAGAUGUGCUCACAACAAUCCUCAAGGUGGACAUCUGCCUGAUUAUGCUCCUCAUCCUGCAAUUGUACUAAAGAUGGAAGAUGGAACUGGACUUCUUCUUCCUAUAAUCGUUUUGGAGAUGCCUAGUGUAUUGCUCAUGGCUGCUAUGCGCAAUGUCCAAAUUGCUAGACCAACUAUGUAUAAUGUAGUGAAGGAAAUGAUUGAUAAGAUGGGCUAUAAGGUCAAACUUGUUCGAGUAACCAAGAGAAUACACGAGGCGUAUUUUGCUCGAUUAUAUCUCACAAAGGUGGAUGAUGAAAAUGAAUGUGUUAGCUUCGACCUUCGUCCCUCUGAUGCCAUUAAUAUUGCUGUGAGGUGCAAGGUGCCAAUACAAGUGAACAAAUUCUUGGCUCAUAGUGAUGGGAUGAAGGUUGUUGAAUCUGCUAAGGUUUCAUUCCAGGGUUCUCCAGAUGGCUUAAUAUUUAAAGAACUUGAUCGACCAAGUGGGCAGCCUUGUAUUGAAACCAAGGAGUUCAAUCUUAGAUGCAGCUCAAUGGAGGGACAAGCUUACUCAAUUCCGAUCAAAGAAGAACUGGGCAUAAAAGGAGGAUGGAAUCUGUAAAUAAUUGAUCUACAAAGUUUGGUUGUUUAAGUAAAUAAUUGGAUCUGUGUAGUUUUAUGGUACUAUUAUGUUAUGUUGUAAGUGGAUUGUAAAUUUGUGAAUAGUUGAAAAGUUGUAAACACGAUGUCUACUGUUAUGGACAUGUUUGCUUUCCUCAUGGCUAUGUGUGCUUUUGGUUAUGAGUUUAUUAGGAUAGAAUCAUAGAAUGAUGGAUGACAAUGAGAUUAAAUAUAUAACAAAAGAAUGAAGAUAAGUCAUGAUGGUAUAUGUAAAUGAAUAGUAUUAAAUUUAAAUUUUAAAAGUG